CAUGCGUCGUUAACCCUAGGAAGGUGCAGCUCUGCACUCACGCACGGGCGCGGCCGGCGGCCGGCGGUCAUGGGUCACCACCAGCUGGAGAACCCUCUGGUUCCUGGGAUGGCGCCGACGGCUACCCGCCUGCUCGCCGUCGGAGGAGACACCACCAAGCUAGGCCUCCUGGUCACCAACCUUCGCCUGCGAGGCUACCAAGUGACGAGUAGCACCGAUCCGGCGGCGGCCAUGGCAGGGCUGCGCCAGGACGGCCUGCAGAGCUUCAACUUCGACGCCGUGAUGGUCGACGCGGACUCGAAAUACCCCGGCAGAGCGCGGGCCGCCCUGAAUAAGCUCUUUGAGUUUGCCGUCCGCGAGCCGCUCAUUUGCGCAUACGGGAUUAAAGGAAAGGAUACCUUUGGACCCCUAGCAAUGCAAGAUCUAGAUAAGUUCAUCAAGCCCAUCUAUACCGUUGGAUCAAAUGGACCGAAUUCACCAAAGGACACUUUGAACGGUCGGUACAACACCUCUCCAUCGACAACGGCGUCUACUAUCACAAACUUCUCAUUCUCAGGAAGAAAGGAAGGUGGGAGGAGCAAGAAACACACGCGUAGCACACAUAGCCAGGAGGUGGAGAAGGCCCAUAAUCCCAAAAACCCCCGAGUUGUUUGGACCAAUGAACUACACAAAGAGUUCCUAGAAGCGAUCGACAAACUUGUCGCCGCUGGAGAAAAACCCGUGCCAACACAAAUACUUCGUGUGAUGAAUAAUCCUACGCUUGAGAGGGCGAACAUAGCCAGUCACCUUCAGAAACAUCGAGUGCAUCAAUACAAAAAGAAGGCCUCUCAGCAGCAGAACCCUCUUCGUAGGAGCCAUUCUAGUACAAAACAUCAUAAAUCAUCACGUAACAAGGCGUCUCAGCACCAGGCUCCUCCUACGAUUAUGCAACCUGGUAUGUCUGCAACAGUUCACAUCAACCAUGGUACGAAUUCCCACACAGUACUCGAAGCCUUCACAAAGAGCGACAUGCAGGACACCCGUGUGGUGAUUCACAUGCAAACGUACAAGACCACGGACAAGAGCAACGGUACAUGUCAUCCAUACUAUUUAUUGCUGUUGUUUAUUUCCUAA